AUCGGAUUGCAUCGUGUGGAUUGCGACUCGUGGACAUCAUCAGUUGUGGGAUCCCAGGCUAAAACGCACACGCACGAUUUUCGUGAUAACAGCGCGCGAUCGCGAUCGCGUAGCCUGCUUAUUGGGUGAGAGUUUUCUUCAGCGAAAACAAACUCUUGCAGUGAGUGAAGUGGUGGAAUUCUUGUGACGACAGUCACGUUGUCGUGAAACUGUGUGUGUGUCUUUAAAAAAUUAAAUCGUGGUUACAUUCGAAUCAAUGGGAUUUUCGACGACUGUUUUUUUGAGUUUUCGAACCUGCUGAUAGCUGCUGGCAGCAGCCUUGUGCGAUAGUUUUUGUUUCUGCUGUGUUUUGGCUGCGAACGAGUCGCUGUUUUGGUUGUUAAAAAAGCAACACGAAAUCAACGAGCGGUGAAAUUUCGCGUUUAAGAUAUGCUUCGUUGAAUGUUGAAGAUUCUGGUAUCACACGUGUGAAGCCGACUAGAAAAAAAACGCGCUCAGCACGUGAGGUUAGUCAAGUGUGGAGAAUAUACAACCUUUCCACGAAAGGGAAUCUACUUUGUUUGUGAAAUGAGUGUAGAAGGCUGAAUGAAGAUGAUGAUCAGUUGCAGGUUUAGUGAUUUGUGGUCACCAAGUGGAAAAUAAACGACAGGAUGUACGUGUGUGUGUGAUUUGAAUAUUGUGAUUAGUUUUUUUCUCAUUGGGAACUUUGACAAAGUGACAAUCAUUUUGUUCGCAAUGGAAGGCAAAACGGAGACUCGUUCCAAGCCUAUCUUGAGCCCAACGAGAUCAUUGGAUGAGGGGUUCGAGAGUGAUCCGGAUCGCAUUUCGACCGACUCGGAGCAUGCAACCGCCCAAGCAGCUCCAGCAUUCGAUGUAUUGCAAAGAACCGAUCGGGACGGGGUGCAGCAUACACAAAUUGCUCGACGAAAUCAGGACAGUCCACUGGCAAAAGACAGUGGUCCGGAGAGCAUCAUUUGUUUGGAUGGAGAGAUUGAGAAUGAGCUUCGCAGCAAGUUGGAGAAGACGACCCUCGGACGGUUACCACCAGGCGUCCAGAAUAUGAACCCGUCCAAGGCAAAUUCCAUCCAGUCGCAACAGAUCCGCUAUCGUCGGAUAAAGACGCGUGCACCUCCGCCUCCCCUGGGAAGUUAUUACUAUCAGAAACGCUCCCAAUCGGUCGAUUCCGUGAACAGAGCCAAUAUGAACAGUUUGUACAGUGUUGAACCUGCCGGAAUGCCUGGCGCGAAUCUCGAUAUGGUCAACAGCCAUGGCGACAUUUUGGCCGGUCGUUUCGUACGUGUCUCGGUAGAUCUGCGCCACCAGCAGCAUCAAUCGUUGAACCAUCCGUACCGGAUGUCCUCGCUCUCAACCAAUAAUAUUUACAAGUACUGUCACGCAUCACCGCCAAUGAUCGGCCAUCAGAACCAUCACCACCAGCACUCGAUGCAUCACCAUCAUCACCCUUCAGCUGGCGCCACCGGCAAUUCCUCUGGCUCAAGCAGCCGUAACAAUCUGUACUCGCUACAGCCGCAAUAUCACGGCGGAUUAUCCGCCGCAGCAUCCGUGCAGCCAGUGUCGAGCCCGACCGCAGCAGCCACCGCCAGAAACUACAAACAUUUCAACCACGUUCCAGUAUGUUGGACUCAGUCGAUACCAAGGCAAACCAGACGGUACAUCACACCAACAACCUUGCCCCAGGUGAUAGUGCCGCCGAACAAGUCCAGCGGCACUGGCAUCUCGCAGAAGCUCCGGGAUCUGGCCACGUCGGCCGGUCUACUCACCGCCAAACCCCGUCUCCCGCUAAAGCCAGUCAUCAAAACGCGGGGCUCGAAUAGCGCCGAGUUCCCGAAGAAGGUUACGUUCAGCGCAUUCGCCACCGUGCAGGUCGUCUGAUGCCUGGAGCUGGAAACCGCCAAGCGCGAAAUCCAAGCACCCGCGGCGGGCCACACAGAGCCAAAGUCCAAUCACCAACCAAGUUGUCCGAUAGGCCCCCCUGAAAAGGUUGGAGAGGGAGGAGAAGGAGGGCGUUCAACACGAGAAUGGGAAACAACGAUACAAGAAGAGGGACACUCCGGUUAUCACCCAGCAAAUAUCAAUUAUUUCCAGCAAUUAUAGGAAAUAAUUUGUUAUUUGCCAAUCGAACAUGCAUAUCAACUAUACGACUGUGCGAAAAAACAGCGUUAGAAAUAGUGGAAAAAAGCAGAUAGCAACCUGAAACACAUUGACAGUAAUGGAACGCACUCACACACAAACAAUUAGAAAAAGAAAUCCCGUAAAUCCCGUAAUGAAUUCAUAGUAGAAAAAAUAAAGAACGCUGUGAGCAGUGUCCGAUUGGGAUGUGAAAUUGGUCAAAAACAAUUGUGGAUACAUAGCAAUAAAAGUUCCCCAAUUGGAACGAAACUUGGAAAACUUGGAAGACUUCAAAGGUUCGUCGUUUUCCGUUUUUGAAAUGUUUACCUUAUUCAAAAAAGUAAUAAGUUUUUUAUUCUUGAAAUGAGGAAUUUUCAAUCUCCUUGUUGGUAUCAUGAAGACGAUGGUAAAAAUUUACGAACGUAACAUUUGGUUUAGCUCUUUUGUGCAGCACACUAUAUCGGCGUACUUAUUCUACCUCACUAAAUUAUUCCGAAACAUUGUCGAGGCGAACUUUUAAUUUAAUUUUUUUAGACACCUGCACAAGUAUACUUUUUCAUCCAAAGCUAGAAAGCUUUUCAUUCGAUUUUCAUGCUUGUAUGAUUGAAAUCUAUCAACCUCAAAGUACUUGCCAUGGACUAAAAUGUACAGAGGAUUCAUAAAAAUUAUAUUUCUAUCAAAACUCCGCAAAAAAUAUUCAUAUUUAGUUGCAACUGUUUACAUUCAACGGAGAAAAAUGACCUACUUUUAUGAUCCUGUUUCUCACUUUAGGAUGGAUGGUGGAAAUAUCUGAUGUUUAUGAUUUUGUGAGGAUGUAUUCAAAGCUGAGCUUCAUCAUCACUUGUAUUUUCCCUAGAAUGAGAACGGGUUGUACGGAUAAAGAAAACUUUGUAUAUAAAUAGGUAUAUUUUCGAAAAGUUAUGACUAUAUUAACAUUGACAAAAUUUUCCAAGCAUCAUCCUUUUUGUCUAUUCCCUCUACUUAUGCAUUUCAUCCAGUUCUCAGAACAAUUUUGCAACUCAAUUUCCAGUAUGGCCUAGGUACCUCAAAUAUUUUUUUCUUCGAUUUGAAUUCUGCAUGAAAAUAAACAUACAGAUGCUAUUAUUUUUAGAUAGAUCAUUUUUGAAGUUAUAAUUUUAUUUUAAAAAACUUAUUAGUCAUCUAAAGAGUGGAAUAACCGAAAUUCGCUUAACUUGAAUUUGAUGUAUUUUUUUUUUAAAUGGGCACUUAAAAAAGGUGUGAUGACAACGCAUAAAAACUGCAAAAUUUACGUGUAAUCCAAUGACACACAAACACUCUCCAUUUGACGGUAUGAUAACCGACGCGGUGCAAUUUUCAAUCGAAUCUCCAUCUCAAAUUUGAGAACAAAAUUUUGAAAAUUUGCACGGCUGUGUGACAUUCUUCAUUCACAACAUACAAUCGACCCUCCGAAAUGAUUACGCUCUCAGACUCUGCGUCGAGAAAAAAAACCUCUAUACAUAGCACACUGGCUACAGCUAGACUAUAAUGCGAUCACAAAUGAAAUUUCAUUAAUCAGAUGAAUAAAUAAGAGACAACAAUUUUUACAUUGGAAAAAAAACACCUCUGCUGUUCUCAAAAGAAUUCAAAUAUUUCUUCCAAAGCGAUGGACAUUGGAAACUUAGCAUUUUUUCCAUCUGUCAAGUAAUUCAUGAAUGCCUCGCAUAAAAAGAAUUAUUUUUGGUCAAACCUGUCAUCGAGCCUUUUACCGCACAUUUUCAUAAGAAUUGAAGCGCUGCUCAGCGAAUUCGUAUCCCAUCGAUGGAUACAAAAUCAUAAUAUAACCAACCAAAUGUCGCCUUUUAUGAUAUUCCGGUGAUUUUCGGAGCAGAGCUUUCACCAACAUUCUGUGUGAACCGGUAGCGGAUUUUUUAAUUUAUAACAUAAAAUCAAUUACGUACGUAGAUCGUAGUUCAUGGGCACAAAAUCCACAAUUUUUAACACAAAAAAAAUUCUGAAUGCAAAAACUCAAAAACUUUUAAUCUUUUUCAUUAGCAUGUAUAACUAUUAAUUUAAGCAUUCCGGUUUCCUGUUUAUACACGUUUAUACUCGCGGAGCCUAGUAAAUAUUUCUCUUCUGCAUUACUUCUACGCGUCAGUGCAAACUCUGAACUGAGUAUGUUUUGGGCAUGUUCGAAGAACCAUAAACCAUUUUUCACGUCUGCCCAGCUAGAUAGCAAAACAGAAACUGACAGUUUGCCACAGCGAAGGUAGUGUUUAUUAUAUUGCUUCUUUUCUUUCGUCCCUUGCACAAAAUGAAGCACGGUGGUUAACUACGAUUGUUUUUUUUCACAAUUGUAUGGAUAUAUUCAAAUCGUGCCUCGCUGUUACAUUAAUUGCUCAAUUUGGGAAACACAGAUUGGACCAAUCACAACACGUAAUUUUCGUUCAAAUAAUACUUGACAUCCCAACUGUUGUACAGUUCAUUCUUAAAAGUAUAAUUUCCUUUAUGCGUAGAACUAUGCACAUAGAAUGAUUUCCAAUCGAUGGAUGCUAACUUCUCUGCGACCUAUUAAGAAAUAGUUGGAGUUAUAAUCGUUUGAAAUCUUCCAUUUUUUUUUUAUCCAAAAUAUAUAUUUUUAUUAAGGCUCAUAUGGCGUCAGCCUAACGGGGCCGGGAGUUUAAUAUUUUGACAAUGUUUGCUUACAACUAUGUUAGUAAUAUGUAACCGAUUACUCGCGCUUGGCUCGAGGUUAGUAUUACAAGUGUUCUCAUAAUUUGGAUGUUGCAGUCUUCAGUACUCUGUACGUGUGCCCGACAUGGGAUACUUCCUAUUGGGAUGCAGCUGACCGUUAAUCAGCAACGCCCCCCUAGUCUGCACCCCAUAUCUAGCGUGGUGCGUCUUUCUCGACUCGAGGAAUCCAGGAUAGAAUGAUCACUAGACGGCGCAAUCAUCAGCUCGUGUAGAGUAGUCAUGAGAGGUACAACCUUUGGCUCUUGUUGAAUCAUCAGUGGACUGCACAACCUUCGGCCCGUGUAUCUGUAAAGAGUGUGUGUAUGUAUUGCCGCGACUAAGUAAAAGUUUAUAGAUAGGAUAGGAGGGAUAUAAAACAGGGACACAACGAAGGAAACAUCAUUAAACGUUGACAUCGGCGUUUCUGAGGAACAGGUAUAGAUGGAGCAGAAGAUCAGGAUCACGGCUACCUAAGAUAUCCCGGACGGGGAUAUCCGAUUGUCUGCCUUGUGCCCUCAAUGCUCUGGAGAGCUGAGAGCGGGCAGCAUGGAACCGGAUACACGACCAGACAACAUGCUCGAUGCCGUGGUAGCCAUCGCCACAAUCACAUAGAUUGCUUGCUGCGAGCCCAAUGCGAUAAAGAUGCGCGGCUUCCAUUAUUUCGGUUCAAUUUUUUAAAUUUUCAUUCCACACCCUAUACCUUUCUGUCAAACGUAAUGAAUGUAUGUACAUUGUAUGAAUGUAUUAAGAACAUCUCACCCAGAACACUGUCGCUAUUGAAUAAUAAGAAUUCUAUUUAAUUAAUUUUAAUAUAUCCUCAAACAAAUGGACUUAGAAUCAAAUAAAGCGGAUAACGAAAAUCGCGUAUCAUGCAAUAAAACAUCGGGUACAAAUACGAAAAAAGAUCUUUGAGAAUGAAAACUAUGUUUUAUUUAAAAAGAAACUUGAAGUGGAUGAUAUAUGCAAAAUAACCGCAAGGUGGACGUAGAACUAAUGUUGGCUUAGCAAUCAAUAAGUUACAAGCACAGACAUUUGGACAUUUCAUCUUUCGAAUAAAGUAAUUAUCAUACCACUUCGUUUAGCCGGAAAAUAAUUAUUAAGGAAUCGAUUCCUCCUCAGAAAGCAUUCGAUAAUAGAACUGCCGCUUUCAUCAAACAAUGUGGCUCCGUUCAGUCCGACUGCAGAAAAUAAAUGGAAUUGGGAGAGAAGAGCAUGCUACAUAGGCAUGUGAGCGUGAUCAUCCUUGCAUCGCGAUAACAACUAAAUGGAUUUCCGAAUUUAUUCGAUUCUUUGUUUUUAAAAGGCUUUAAUGGAUUUCCGAGCGGACGCCAGCUUAUGCACGGAUAUAUGUGACUUCAAACGCCUGUUUUCGAAGCUAUUUUAAGCUACUGAAACAAUUUUUCGAGCCAAUAAGUAGCAAUCAUAUAUCAUUUGGACAUUUUGUCUUUUAUAUGAAAUGAUUAUCAUUCCAUUUCGUUGAUCCGGAGCAGAAUUAUUAACGCUUGAAGAAGGAAUGGAUUCCUCCUCGGAAUUACAAAAAUAAUAUCUCCUUUCCGACAAUUGGAAACGACGAUCGAUUGCGGCAUUCUUAUACAAAUAAUUCUAUAACGCUGCUUUCAUCAAUGUGAUUUUUUUGAAUGAAGAAAUAUUCACUACACCAUAUAAAAAAAUCGUAUUCUUCACUAUCAAAUCAAAAUGGCAUUGGGAGAGAAAAGCAUAAUGCAUAGGCGUGUGAGCGUGAUCUUUGUGGGAUCCGCAUCAACCGCUUAUUCUGACAACGAAAAUCGCUGACCAUGUAUUAUUGAUGUUCGAGAAUAAAAAGGUCAUUGGAUGACAAAUCAGAACUGGCGGAUGACCCAUUUUAUCGAUGUUUUCACUGGUCAAAUAGGCGGUUGUUUGAACCGAUGUGUGAGAGCUUGACAUUCCAACUAUUGUAAAGUUGUCAUGGUGAAGUAUGAUUCCUCGUCUUGAGUUUGUUUUACCUUAUCUGGCCCAAGGCGCCUCUAUAUAUACCAGGUGAAACAAUCAUAUGAAAUGCACUUUCAGCCAUAUUGGAAUUGCUGUCGGUAUUGUUUACAAACAGCUUUGGUGGAAAUCUCUACCCGGUCUGAAGAACAGGAAAAUCAUCAGAACGCUACCGGCUGCUCUCUACAAACUGCUACGACGCUUAUUCGAACGAUGCCUACUAUGUUCGGCUUUCGCGAAUUUUUGUGAAAAAUAAGGGAUGAUUUUGUAGAAUUUCAUUCUUAUUCAUUUCAUCCACUACUCUCGCAUGUGAAAAUUCAAAAAUGGCGUAUCCUAGCAAUAACAAAACAAACAACCCCCGCUCCACUAACCGUAAUUCCCUUCUUAUUGAAGUAAUGAUGUUGCUUCACGUGUUAUACAUUUAUACAAGCGCCUUGAUCUGGCCGACGACUUUAAAAUUGAUGUUUUACGUUUCUCUAAGAAUACAUGAUCAGUUUUCCGAAGAAAACAACAAUUUGUUUGGAAGUGCUUUGAAUGCGAGCAACUCUUGUUAGGAUAUGUUCACUUUGAAAGACCCACACAGUGGCCUACUGUCUCGUUUUCGGCUCGUAAUUUUAGAUCCAUGAGAACCGUGGUAUUUCUUUGAAAUCCCAUUUUCAACAUUUUUGAGUUCAGUCAUCUUUAGGUAUUCUCAAAUAAACUUACUCGAUAGGUCCUCCGUUUUUAUCGAUUACAUCCUCAAGACGACGCCGGAAGUUAGAAUACGCCUUUCGAAAGUAAUCAUCCGAUAUCGACUGCUAUGUGCGCGCUAUGACAGACUUCAGAGUCUUUACGCUAGAGUGAGAUAUUUUGCAGGCUUCAAUAUACCGCCAAAUUGAAUAAUCCAACGGGUGUUAGGGGGCCAUAAAUCUUUCGGUCAAAUCUUCAUAUUUUUCAGCCAUCGUUGGGUUCGAUUUUACGUGUAAAAUUGUGGUCCAUCCUAUUGUAGGACAGCGUAAUGAUCCUUAGAGAAGUUGGCCUUCACCCCAGAAAAGCACUUGGCCAUUUAAAAUAUCAAUAUACAUUUCGUUUUUGGUUUUAACACCAUCAUCAAUGAAAACAGGCGGCAUUUUCUAUCCGUUGGGCGGCACUAAUCCAAACAUUAUGACACCAACCGGAUGUUUGGGUUGGAACUCAAACUUCACUUUUUCUGGAACAUAUUCAAAUUUCUCCGAUGAAAUGAAUCGGUCUGUGCGGCUGUUGGACACAGUAUCGAUGCUGAACAGCUUUUCAUCGGAGAACAGGAUUGUCACUCCUCUGACAAAGAAAGCAAUCUCUUCGAUUUCAAAGUUCUUCAACCUGCUCCGUAAUCGAGUGAUCAAGUCAAGUGAUUCUUCGCAUGGAUUUUUGAGGAAAGUUGGCUUCCUUAGCAAGUAAGCAGGACUUUUUGAUGCGAUAAAUUGUGGCCAAAUAGCAUCCUUGACAAUAUCCUUCUGCAUCUUCUGGGCGAGUAGCAAACUCGCCAUCUUAGGCGUACUUUUUCACAAAUUUGCAAAAAAAAACAAUUCCUAUGUUCUGAGGUCGCACUUAGAAGUAAACGUUAACAAAUACACUGUAAACAAAAAUGAUUAAUUAGUCACACAAAUAAACCAAAUAUUAAAGUUUAAACAUAUUCACAUUUUUUCAUACUUACUCUGUAUAAACAGACUGACACUUCGCCGUCGAACUCCGGGCCUACAAAAUUACGAAACGUAAUAAAUUCGUCAGUAGAGGAAAUGAGGGGAAAUUGGAGCCCCUAAGCGGAUCGCCUAAUAUUUCCAAAACAAUAAGGUCUAAAUAAAAAAAAAUGUCACAUUGAACACUGAGCUACACUUGUUUUUUCUCAAUCAAUAAUGUUUAAUAUUUAUAUCAAGCUUCAAAUUACGAAAUACAUCAUAAAAUAAAAGAGAUGAUUUUUGUACAUUUUAAUUUAAUGCGUGGUGAUUCGGACCGUCUGUGGGGUGAUUUGGUCCAGUGUGUGUUUCAUCGAAAAACCAUACUUAUGUUGAUGUAAAAUAAUUCACGAUAAUAUUACAACCAGUAGCAGUGUCCUGGGAUCGAUACCAGGUGUCAUGGCCAGAUUCCAGACCAGAAAAAUUGCAUUGAAACCAUUUCGAAUUCUGUAUGGAUCUUUUCACUGUUGUUCGAAAAAAAAAGAAAAUUGUACUGUUGUUCGAGCAUUCUCAAUCACUAUCGAUGCUUGGUCAACGAAAAUCCGUCCUUGAUGGCCUGUGUUUCUUUUUCAAGCACCUCCUUCUUCGAACGUUGUCUGCCCAUUUUUUUUUUGUAAUUCAGCAGCAUCUUGAAUCAAUUAGACCAAAGAAAUGCUUCAAUCCUGUAUGACCAAUUGACAGAAACGUGUCCAUGUCACCCCACACAACAUGCAAAAUUAAUCAACGGAAAAAACCUUAAAACCACGAUCGAAAAACUUACAUUUUCUAACAAUCGAAGUGCUUGCUGUGUUCAUGCUACCGUUUCCCUACACCUUUCACGGUAGGUACAUACGAUUCAACAAUAGAAUGAUAUGACAUUAUAAAAAAUCCAAGCUGAGCCGUACUUUUUGAGAUAAAGGUGUUGUUCAAAUCACCCCGUAUAUACAAAUCCAAAUCAACUUACCCUAAUAUCUAACAGCCGCAUUCUUGAGUAUAUUAACUUUUAUUUUUAUUUGCGUUUGCAUUCAACAUUAAUUUCAUUGAGGAUGGUAGUUUUGAAUAUGUUUCCGAAUAUGCGUUCGCGGAUAAGCCGGAUCGUCCGCUCGUGAAUAAUCAGCGCUUUACUGCAUUGAAGUUUUCAUAUCUUGAAUACACAGUUCGAUAUUAUAGUUGGUGAUAUAGAAAUUAUUUAUUUUUGGUUCAGGCAACCAAGCCAUUUUGAAAAUCAGGUCUGGUAUGGAAAGAUUUAUGUAUGAUGAUUGGAAAAUUACCUAGCAAUUCACGUGAGCUCAUGCAUUUUGAUUUAGGUAAUCAAUUACACGAAUCGAAUUGAACCAGAACACAAAAACGAUUAUUUUGACCAAUUCAAUUGCCCCAAUCGCACACUGUCCACAACACCCAAAGCACUCUCCCAACCAACCAUUCAAUCGGUACAAAUUUUCUCGUCACCCGCAUCGACUCCUGCAGCAGAUAGCGAUCGCAAUGUCCCAAAUAGAUCGUCGUGUGGAUCAUGUCAAGCACACCGGGGCCGAAGCCCUCCUCCGCUAGAUGUUUCCUUGGGCUGUAGAGCACAAUUAACAAUCAUAUUAACCAUUAUUCUCACAACAUUCUCAUCCCUCCCUUUCCCUUGCCCAAAAGCAGACACACAUACGCGUAUUAACCAGGAGGGAAUUGUUUAUAUUUUAAUUUUGUCUCUCCAGUGUAUGUGUGCAUAUGGUGUACGUGUGCUAGGUGUAUAUCGAGCAGGCAAUCUCAUUUCUUCUUGUUCUACGUUUUUAUUGACUAGUGUGCCUAAGAUAAUUCCUAGCUUCUCAAGCCAGCCGUUGUACAGAACAGCUAGAACACUCAAGGGUCUUGUGUCAACAGACAAGCGUAGGAACCCGCGGCCAAUUAGAAGACUUAAUAUUUUUUACACCUCUUCUACUGUACGUUCAUAGGACCGUUGUUUUGUUUUUAUUUUACCGCAAACCGUAUGAGGAAAUAAAUGAACGAAAAAUUCGAAGAAAUUCAAGACGGUAUCGGAAUCAUGCAAGACAAGGAAUUCCAGAUCAAGAUUUGCUACUUCAACCAUACCAAUAAGAUUUAUCGGAGAAAACAUGCCCAUGAAAACAUAAAACAUUGUAUCAAAGAGACGGUGAAUCCAAAUAGCGUGCGAUUAAAUGUUACGAAUUCCUCGCGGGUAAGUUCAUAUCGUUUUUCUUCGGCCAUGAAUUACGUUUGGGAGAAAAUUGAACCCAAUCCGUGCAUCUCUUGUCAUUGGUUGUCCUAUGUAGCCUAUUAUGAACCUGUAAAAAUAUGUAUAAAACAAAUCCUUAACCUUAACAAAACACACGCGGAGAAUCUUAAAAGCAGAACUUUAGUGUGACAGCAAGCUGAAGAGCCGUACGAAAGCGGACCGUGUAUGUGUGUGCGUGUAAAUAGCUAGUAGAAACUGUCGCUACGAAUUAGUGAACCAAUUUGUAAAUAAAACCUACUCAGUAAGCAAAGAUGGAAUCGAAUAAAAGCACACGCGAUCAUAGUG